CUUUACAACACUGGUCAACAGCUGCGGGUUUUUGUUUUGUCUGUUCGGUUUAGUUUGUUAUUAUGGUAAUCUGCGGAAAUAUAUUGGUUCGGAGCGACUACGAGCACUUUGUGCUGACCUGUGCUGUGGACAAUGACUGCUCCGUGGAGAUGGAAAUAGAGCGAUGGCAGGACUUCAUCCGACACAUCAAAGAGCACAAUUUUAUAAAGCCCGAAUCAUUAGACACCGAAGACGAGAAGGUAGAUAUCAGGAGUGACUGUGGAGAGAAUUUGUCAGCAUCUGUGAAGGAAGAGGAGUCUCAGAAUGAGGAGCUGGAAGACUGCUUAGCUGAGGCCAUGUUCGUCGACUUCCCAGUUUCCUCGGAAGAAGACGACAUCGAAGAUGAAGACGAGGUUGACAAUCCAUCAAUACCGUUCGACUAUGAAGUGGAAAGCAGCAAUACCAAUGACUUUCCGGCCCUUACAAAAUUCAAUCCAACUUUUUACCGCCGAAGUCCUCGGAUCACCAAGUUUAUCGAGCUCUAUAAACAGCACACUUGCCUGUGGGAUCCAGCUGAUGACGAGUACAAGAACAAAGAGAAACGCUCUGCUGCCUACGUGGAACUGGCUCAGCAGCUAAAGGGCUCGGUUAAUAUCCAUCUUACUUUAUACAAACUGAAAAAAUGCAUAGCUAGCCUGCAUACCCAGUACGCGGCCAUCACCAGACAGAAAAAGACCCAGCGGUUGUCCAAGGUACCUCUCUACUACCAUGCCAAAUACAGUUUUCUAUCGCAUCGGGGAAAUGUGGAGGAGGUCGAGAGCGACGACGACGAAGGAGACUGCAAAAUUAAGCUGGUGUUUACGGAGGAGAACCGGCUAACCACCCUUUUUAUAGAACUUUACUCGAAGUUUCCCCAUUUAUACGACCCGAAGCACAAGAAUUUUGCGAAUUUAAGCGAACGGAAAUCGGCAUUUAUGGAGAUGACAGAUCUGAUUACGUCUGAAAUUCCUAUGGGUAUCAUCACACACUACGAUGUGUACGACAGUAUUCUAAGCCUACGGCGCUGGUAUUCACGCAGAAUUAAGACGCUCACCGAUGUCCAGACAGUUGGCCUCUCUCUAGCCGAGAAUUUGUAUAUCGAAAGGUGCAAGAAAUUCAUGCCUACAAAGACAUUCCGGCAGAAGUUGAAAUGCGAGGUUUGUGACCAGGCAUACAGCACGGAUCACGCUUUGCAGGCCCACCAGUUUCGGGAUCAUAAGAUGGGCGAAGGCGGUUGGUUUCGGUGCACGCUAUGCGAGCUAAACUUUGACCGGCGAUGCCACCUGCAGCAGCACAUACAGAGGGUGCACAUGAGCAAGGCUUUCGCCUGUGACCUCUGCACGCGGACCUUCGCUUUUUCCAGCCAGUUGGCCAUACACAAGCAAACGCACGACGAGAAGCACGUAGCCAAGCCGUUUGUGUGUGAGUUCUGCGGUAAAUCGUUCAAGCAAAAGAUCCAAAUGACGACCCAUGUGACAGCUGUGCACACCAAGAUCCGGGCGUUUAAAUGCCACAUCUGCCCAAAAGACUUUUUGACCAAGCGUGAUCUCAAAGAUCAUGUAAAGGCCCACCUAAAUAUUCGCGACAAGGUUUGUGAGAUCUGUCAGAAGGCUUUUACCAAUGCCAACGCCCUAGUCAAACACCGGCACAUCCACAAGGAGAAGACUCUGCAGUGCUCGCUCUGCACAACCCGUUUUGCGGAGAGGGUCAGCCUCGGCGUUCAUAUGCGACGAACCCAUAAAAUCAUCAAGAGUACAGCGAAAGUGGCCGAGACGGUGGGAGAUCCGAUUUUUAGCUCCACGUUUCCAGAACACCAAGACAUUUCCAAGCAAUGAAGACUUCAAAAGACAAGUAUUGAUAUUAUUAUUAGUA